AUGGCAGCCACUCUCUCGGUCCGGCCCAACCGCCUCUCCGCCGGUUCAUCCUUCCCUCGGCCACCGGUUCGACGGCCAGUUCCGGCCCGCCUCCGAAAACCCGACGUGCAAUUCGAGCCCUGGAGAGGCUCUAUCGUCCCCUCCAACCGCACAUUAGCCUGGGCCGCCACUCUUGUCCAAGCCGGCUCCAGAGCCGAUGACUCGGCGCCGUUCGAGAUGUCGGUGGAGAACGCCCUGAAGCUCCUCGGCGUAUCAGACGGCGCGUCGUUCGAUGAAAUUCUUCGCGCCAAGAACUCGAUUGUCGAUGCUUGUAAAGAUGACCAGGAGGCGAUUGCGCAGGUUGAGGCUGCAUACGACAUGUUACUUAUGAGAAGCUUGACUCAGCGACGAGCGGGGAAAGUUGUGAAUAGUAGCGUUCGUUAUGCUGAUGUUAAGCCGGUGAGUGCUCCUGGAAUUGGAUCAGUGCCUCAGUGGUUGCAAGCUAAUGUGAAGAAUCCACCCAUUGCAGUUGAAACACCCUCAACUAGUGAUCUGGGCGUACAAGCUGGUGUAUACGGAGCUUUGAUGGCCUUAACUUAUGUCAAUGGAGCUUCCAGUUCCUCUGUGGGGCCAUAUGGAGGGGCUGAUGUUCCUGGACUGAUCCUGGCCGGUAGCUUUGGAGCUUCCUUGUACUUCAUGACCAAAAAGAAUAUUAAGUUAGGGAAGGCGACUAUCAUAACCAUAGGGGGGCUUGUUGCUGGUGCCGUGGUGGGCUCAGCAGUAGAGAAUUUUCUGCAGGUAGACAUUGUUCCAUUUCUUGGCAUCCACUCUCCGGCUGCUGUAGUCCCUACUUUUUGGAGUUUAGGAGUUGAAAGCUCUAAAUGUGGUUUCCGAACUCCCAUUCACCAACUCAUAAGAUCAGAUUUAGCUUCCAAUUCUCCUGCCAAGCGCUUAUCUCUGAGCUUGACGUCUGUGGCCACCAAGGGAACUCGUGGCUGA